AUGAUUAUAGAUUGGGACAUCGGGUUCUACGGAUUCUCUCUCUCUCUCUCUCUCUCUCUCUCUCUCUCUCUCUCUGUUCUCCUUUCCCAAAUAUGUCAACUCUCUCUCUUUCUCUCUCUCUCUCUCUCUCUCUCUCUCUCUCUCUCUCCGUGUUCAUCGGUACGGUAUAUAACAAUAUCUAUCUAUCUAUCUAUCUAUCUAUCUAUCUAUCUAUCUAUCUGCAGUUUUUUCAUAACUGUUCUUAAUCUGAUUGUGUCUCUCUCCGCCUCUUUCUUUAUUCCUCCCUCUCUUUCUUUAUUCCUCCCUCUCUUUCUUUAUUCCUCCCUCUCUUUCUUUAUUCCUCCUUCUCUUUCUUUAUUCCUCCCUCUCUUUCUUUAUUCCUCCCUCUCUUUCUUUAUUCCUCCCUCUCUUUCUUUCUUCCUCCCUCUCUUUCUUUCUUUCUUUUCCACGCGAUCAAAACGUAAUAGUCCAUAA